GUAUCUACUACGCAACUUCCGCUAACUCGCUGCUGAGCAAAAUGGACGCCUUUGUGUCUGUUUUCCUCGUAUUCACACUAUAAAUACUGUUUUCCCCGCGAUGCACCACCUUUGACAUGGCGAUGUUUACGCGGUGUCGUGAGAAACGUGAGUGAAAAUCGUGCCGUGCCACGAAGUUAAGUGCAUUCCUUGGUGAUCGAUGAGAAAACGUAUCCAACCAAAUAGGCCACAACCACGGAUGACAAUUGAGUGAAUAUCUUUCUCGACGAAAAGUUUUGCGAGCAGAUUCGGACGGAAGGGCCCGUUGUUUUUCCCAGACGUGUAAAUAUUGAUGAUUUCUACGCGUUGAACUACACGGGGUUCUUGGAUAAUGAUACACCUCCCGCCAAAAUUCCAUUCACUGCUCGCAUUCUGCAAUAUAAAUAAUCGUUGUUCAUAGUCGGAAUUGCAUUCAGUUGGGAGAUUUCCAGUACGUAGCAUCGCUCCUAAGGCCAUGUUAUCAUAUGUAUGAUGUUGGAUGGUAGUUACUUGUCAACAGGAGGCUGUAAUGCCAGAACAAGUCAAAUUCAAGAUGAACGGGGUUAUACCGAGUGUGCCAAUCACAACUCUCGCUGGUAUCGCGAGUCUGACCGACUUGUUACCUGAAAUGCCCCUUCCAACACCGUUGCCGCAGACUUUGACAAACAAGUCCCUUCUGUUUCAUCCACGUGUCGCAGAGGAAGCACAAAUAUUGCUAAGUGUUCGAAACGAAAACUUAGUGCCCCAGUUAAUAUUAUCCUUAUCGCAAACGUCGUCCGAUCAUAUUGAACUGAAAGACAAUUACGCAAAUACCGAACAGCCUUUAGAAACCGAGCAAAAUACUCCAGAAUUACUUAAGGCAAUUUUACAAAUAAACCCGCACGUGUUUAAAGGCCCCCAAUAUAAUUCACCACGAAACUGGACCCAAGGUACACCUAUGAUGCAUACCAACCAAACAUCCGCAAACUAUGGACGGUUUUCGCCAUCUUACUCGAGUUCUUCGGGGUCGAGACAAACGCCUCAAGGUAGUCCAGCUCAUCCCGCUGCCGCUAGAACCGUACUCCCUCCGCCCGCUGGUAUUAAUCCUUUGCCCAACAUGACUCCACAACCAAAUAUGUACUCUCCAGCGCAUCUCAGUUCUCCUGGGACACCGUUAACAACCCUCGGUAACGUAACGCCUCAACACCACAAUAUGGCUGGCAUGACACCUCAACAUAACAUGCAUAUGGCAUCUCCUAUGCGCGCUAAUAUGCCUUUGCAACAACAUCAGCCUAUUAAUAUUCAGCCAAACAUAUACGACCCUAUGAUGAAUCAACAAGUACACCAUCCAUUAGGGACUCAUCAACCGAUGGACAUAAGUAGUACAGUACAAGAGAGCCAACAGUUUUUACUCGACCCGGUAACAGGUCUUUCCGACAUUGAUAUACCGAUCGACAACAUCGAGGCAAAACAAACCAUGGACAAUACGACGCAACAUCUUAUGUCAACGACGCAAACGACAUCUUAUACGAGCAUGGAUAGCAGCGAUAUGGUUGAUACCUUAAGCGCUACCCCAACACCGAUGAUACAGCAUCAACAGAAUAACAAUUCCGAGAAAGGUGCGAAGAUACCCGGUCCGGUACCAGAGAAAUUGAAGGAACCGGUUGUCAUGUUAGAUAGAUUAUCGUUAGCGGACCAGGCCCUGAUGCAGAAAAGUUUAGCCGCGUUCGCGGAAAAAUCCCCGAGCCGGGCCGCGAAGAUGGGAAUCUCGAACCGCGACGAUGUCAAGUCGGAAUCGGAGAGCGAGGAGGAAAUCGGUAAGAACAAUAAAUAUUUCAAGGCUAGAGCGAAAGAGCGUCAAGUCCAAAGAGAAAAGGAGAAAGCCGAAAGGAAGAAGAGCGAUGAAAAGACGCGCAGGCGAAGAAGGGUAUUGGACGACGACGAGGAAGAUGACGAUAAGAAAGAGAUGUCACUUGGACCUUCGAAACCAAAAAUAAGAAAAAUUGAAAAGAAACUCGUCCCUGUGUUGGCUAAGCUUAGCGUGGAAGAACUGAUGGAAACCAAUACUUAUCAACGUUUCAACUCCACCAUAGAAACGAUAUUCGAAAAUACCGAAGAUUUUGCAACCAAUGCCGAAUUUGACGACGACGGUGAUGUGCCUCCAGAAUUGUUAAUUCCUAAGUAUCAGUUACACGAUUUAUGCACCGAAGCGGCGAAGUUGAAGGCUCUCGGCGCGAUGGAAUCGAUUCCCGCCGAUCGAUUGGUCAGACUGUUGAACAUAUUGGAGAAAAACAUUCGAGACGGAGCGAAAGUAUCACCGCUCGCCGAUCCUGACGACGAUGUUGACGAAAGCCGGCUGUGGAUGCAAUUAGCUAUGGAAAGGGUACAACGCGCUGUAGAUGCAUCUUUGAUCGCGUUACACAUCAUGACUUCUGGUAACAUGCCUAAGAUGGUGUAUCUAGAGGACGUGAUCGACAGAAUAGUUCUUUUUAUGAAAUUUCAAUUGCAAAACACCAUUUAUCCAUCUUUCGAUCCGGUUUACAAGAUAGACGCGAAAAAAAAGACUGACGGUUAUAAUUCUAGCGGUCGUAAGAAACGGGGUCACAUGAAGGAAGUACGGGAGAAAAGUAUACUUCAGGUUUACAACAAGAUGCACGAAUUGGUCGGUCUUCUUGCCGAAUUAUUGAACAUACAGGUAUUGACGGACACGAGCGUUCUCCAUGCAUCUACGCUGGGCGUUGCACCUUUCUUCGUCGAGUCUGUUAGCGAUCUUCAGUUGAGCGCGUUGAAACUGGUCACCGUUAUAUUCACGAAAUACGAGAAACACAGGAGAUUGUUGUUGGACGAUAUAUUGGCAUCCAUAGCUCGGCUUCCGAGCAGCAAGAGGAGCUUGAGAACGUACAGGUUGAAUUCCGAGGAUCAUAUACAGAUGUUAACAGCCUUGGUGUUGCAACUGAUCCAAUGCGUGGUGGUAUUACCGGACAAUGUACUUCCUCAGCAGAAGAAGUCGCAGCAGCAGGAGGAGGAGGAGAAAAAGGAGGAGAAGAAGACGAGCUACGUAGACGCGGACGUUAUGAUCAUAAACAAAUACGAGACGGCCACCAGGAUAGCUGGCAAUUUUUUAUCCGUGUUCCUGAACAAGUGCGGCAGUAAAGGAGAGGAGAUAGAUUAUAGGCCGUUGUUCGAGAAUUUCGUCCAAGAUUUGUUGGCCACCGUGAACAAGCCCGAAUGGCCAGCGGCUGAAUUGCUGUUGAGUCUGUUAGGAAAUCUGCUGGUGGGUCAUUUCUCUAACAAAAGUUCCGAUAUGGCUCUGAGGGUAGCGUCGAUCGAUUACCUCGGAGUAGUUGCAGCCAGAUUAAGAAAGGACGCGGUCAGCUCUCAAUGCAAAUUAUCCACCAUCGACCAGAUUAUAAAAGACAUCAAGAUCGAACAGCAGAAGGAUUCCGACUACGAUCAGGUGAAGGAUAAAGAGAUACCGGGUUUGAACGAGGACGAGGAGAGGACAGUUUUUUUACAGAAGGUACUUCUUGAUUAUCUGGCUGUAAACGGGACGAAGGAUUCUGCCCUCGGCUACGCCCGUCAUUUUUAUUUGGCCCAAUGGUACAGAGACUGCGCGGUGGAGAAGUCGCGAGUCGGUCAGUCGAAGAACAGCCCGAGCAAGAAGAUUCACAAGAAGAGGGUGAAAAAGAAAAACAAACAGCAUUCGAGCGAUCAGGAGUCCGAAUCGGAAUUGGAGGAAGCGGACCCAGACGAGAACGAGAAUAACGAACAGAAGAACUCGGAGGCAUACAGGAUCAUCGAGGAGAAAAAGAAGUACAUAAUAAGUAGAAUAAGGCCGUACAGUACCGGUACGAAGCCGGAUAUUCUUCAAACUUACAUCGACUACAAUUCUGCGGAACUAAUAUCGCAAUAUCUAGCCUCGAAGAGGCCGUUCUCGCAAAGUUUCGACAGAUACCUCAAGCAAAUUCUGCGCGUGCUAACGGAAUCGUCGAUCGCCAUCAGGACGAAAGCGAUGAAGUGUCUGACGAUGAUCGUCGAGGCGGAUCCAAGCGUGCUGGCGCGGGUAGAUAUGCAAUUGGGGGUGAAACACUCGUUUUUAGAUCACGCGACGUCUGUGCGAGAGGCAGCCGUCGAUCUCGUAGGGAAAUUCGUACUAAGUAGGCCCGAAUUAAUAGAUAAAUAUUACGACAUGUUGUCGGCCAGGAUCCUAGAUACCGGCGUGAGCGUUCGUAAGCGUGUGAUUAAAAUUUUAAAGGACAUCUGUAUGGAGUGUCCGGACUUCCCUAAGAUUCCCGAGAUAUGCGUGAAGAUGAUCAGACGAGUGAACGACGAGGAAGGCAUUAGGAAAUUAGUUAUGGAGGUGUUCCAGAACAUGUGGUUCACACCGGUCAGGGAACGUCCCACUCUCGAUUCCGAAUCGUUGUUGAGAAAAGUUAUGAACAUCACGGACGUGGUGGCAGCUAGCAAAGACAUGGGUCUUGAAUGGUUUGAACAGCUGCUGGUUAGUUUGUUCAAGCCGAAAGAGGAUAAAGAAGAUAGUACAAAGAUGUUAACCGAGCCGCCGAAGGCGUUGUUGACUGCGUGCAAACAAAUCGUGGAUUGCUUGAUCGAGAACGUGCUUCGGCUAGAGGAGACCAACCUCGAAGAAUCCGAGAAGUCGGAGAAGAAGGGAUCUUCGCAACGAUUGGUCGCUUGCUUGACAACCUUGUAUCUGUUUGCUAAAAUACGACCGCAACUGCUAGUCAAUCACGCGAUCACGUUACAGCCUUAUCUAAGUUUAAAGUGUCAGACGCAGGGAGAUUAUCAGAUCAUCAGCAGCGUGGCGCAUACCCUGGAACUCGUGGUACCGUUGAUGGAGCAUCCUAGCGAGACUUUUUUAGCACAGCUCGAGGAGGAUUCCGUGAAGUUGAUAUUGCAACACGACAGAUCUGUGGUAGCCAGCUGUCUCUCCUGUUUAGGAUCCAUAGUUAACAACGUGACGAGAAAUUUUAAGUUAAUCCGGGACUGCUUUAAGAAAUAUUACGGACACUUGACCGAGUACAAAUCGUUUUACGAGAAAGAUCCAACGAAUCCCAUGCUUUUAAAGUACAGACCGUUCGUCAGGAGAGCGUUGUUCACCGUGGGCCUGCUGUUGCGACAUUUCAACUUCACCGACCCGGAAGUGAUCGAGGGACUGGCGGAGAACAUCAAGGAUCAAGUGUUCGAGACGUUGAAUUACUUCGUCCAUUUGGACAACGACGACAUUCGACAAUUUACUCUGUCUGCCAUUGGUUCUUUGUGCAUACGCCAUUACGAAUUCAUGUUGCUACCAGAGCUGAAGGAAUUGUACCAUCAUCUGCUCACAUCGGAGAACGCUUUGGUUCACAUGAGAAUUCAGGUGCUGAAUAACGUCGAGGUGUACCUGCAGGAAGAGGACAAGAGGAUGAUCAAGCAGGACAUGGAGUGGGCUAAGAUGUCGAAACAGGAGAACCUCAAGGAGAUGGGUGACGUCUCAUCAGGAAUGGCGAGUACCGUGAUCCAGUUGUACGUGAAGGAGAUCCUCGAGUCUUUUUUGCACGCGAACAUAAGCGUUCGACACGCGGCCCUUAAGGUGAUCCAGUUGAUCCUGGCCCAAGGUUUGGUGCACCCGGUUCAGAUAGUCCCUUAUCUGAUCUGUAUGAGCACAGACUGCGAGAAGGCGGUCAGUCACAGUGCCGACAAGCAGUUGCAGGACAUCGAGAAGAAGUAUCCUGGCUUCAUUCACAUGAAGUCUCAGCUGGGCAUCAAGCUGAGCUACCGGCUGCAGAAGAUUCUCCAGAACGACAUGACGGUGAGGGGUAUGCGGGUGAAAGAGGGCGAGUUUCCAGGCGCUUUGAACGGUUUCCUUUACACGAUUCUGAGGAACACGAAGCAGCAGAGGAGAGCCAUCGUCCUCUCGUUCCUGAAGCAAUUCGACGAGUCUGCUAAAACGAGCUUAUCCCAGAUGCUGUACUUGGCCGACAAUCUCGCUUACUUUACAUAUCAAGUGCAAGACGAGCCACUGUUCAUCAUUCACCACAUCGACAUCAUCAUCUCGAUGUCAGGCACGAAUCUGUUGCAGUCGUUCAAGGACGCGUUGUUACCGAAGGAAGGCGGCAGUCAUUCGACGUCCUCUCAACAGCAUCACCAUCACCAGCAGCAACAUCAAUACCAGCAACAACAUCAGAGCCAAGGAUCGAUAGGACCGGAUGGACAGCCUCGGCCCGACCAGUUGAUGUCGUCUUUGGAAGACGAAGAGGACGAUGAGGAGGACGAGGAAUCGUUACUGGCAAGGUUUCCGAACGACACGACAUUGCUGAGAGAAUACAUCACCGCCAGCCAAGGCUUCCUGUUGCUGCUCAAUCUAAGGCAACACCUGAAGGACCUGUACGGCUUUUCCGACCAAAAGAUCAGUCAGUACUCGCCAACGGAAGCCGCGAAGGUUUACGAAAAGGCGGUGAACCGUAAGAACAACUUACUGUUCAAACCAAAGGCUACCCUGCAGAGACUGAAGGAGGGCGUGAGCAACGCUGAGCUCGACGCCGACGGCAGGAAGAAGUUGGUCAAGGAGUACCUCGAUUUCAAACAGCUGAUGCUGAAAUUUGACCUAGAGGAAGCGGAGGAGGAAGGAAACGAGGCGGACACGAGUGGCAAACACCAUCACCACCACCACUCGUUGGAGAACCCGAGCUCGAAGAUGACGCACCCCGAAGUGGACAGCGGCAAACUUACGGACGGUGCGAUGACGACGAGCAACAACCCGAUUGCGAAUCAGUACCAACCGAACAUGAACUCGACGAUCGAGCAUCCGAAUAACUCGAUGAACUCGAUGCCACCCCCUGGCCCUAUGCCCCCCGUGUCGAUGCCGAUGCACCCACCGCCGCCUAUGAACGCGGCUCCCGGACAAAUGGCGUCGCCGCGUGUCCCAAAGCUGACGAUACACGCUCACUCGGACAGCGCGAAGGAGCACCGCAAGCAUCGCGCGCACAAAACGGAGAAGGUGAAGAAACACAAGAAGAAGAAGAGGAGAAGAAUCUCCGACAGUAGCGAGAGCGGCGAGGACUACAGUGAUCCUGAUUUUCUAGUAGAGUAAAAGAGAGAUUGGGUGAGUGUGCGUGGAGCUUGUCCCGUAAGGCAGGAGAUUUCAGUGUUCGUCGAGAAACGAGCGAACGGAUGAACUGUUCGACGCGUUGUACGUUUCCGUUUCGAGGAUCGAACUCUUGGAGAAUGCUCUCGGCGAAAGGAAAAGAGGCAACCAAGAUAGAACGAAAGCAGAGGGAAAGAGGUAUCGACAAGAGAGAAGGGAUAACGUGCAUAGUCAGAAAGGUAGGUGGACAGAUUCGUUAGACUUGCUCCACGGCAUGUAUAAAUAAGAAAAAGUGUGUAGUAAAGGAAGUAAAGAAACAAACAAACAAACAAAAAAAAAAA